GGCGGGGCGACCUGGCUCUGCGGUUCAUGUUUAUCCCAGCUCGACGUGGUCGACCUGACUCUUCCAAUGUUGUCCUGGCCGAUCUCCCACCUUCCAUCUUUGGACCAAAGGCAUAAAGUCACACUGAAGCGACACCGGUAGCCUUGCUCAGGACGGACUUAUCUGGCUUUAGACCAUUUUGCAGUGGAAUAUCGGAAUCUGUCAAAUCUGGGUUUGGAACCAUGAGCUCGGUAGCUGUGCUUACACCAGAGAGCUUUGCUGAGCAUCGUAGUGGAUUGGGAGACCAGGAGACUAGAGGUGGAGUGCCGGAGGAUGAAGCUUAUAUCCCAACGUAUCUGGAAGCGUUCCCUCCCCUCCCUGAAAAGGGAGCACCAGGGGACAAGUCUGGUGAACCAGUUGGAGCGUGGAGCAAAAUCCGACCAAUCAAAUCCUCGGUAAUCACCCAGGUGUUUCACGUCCCUCUGGAGGAGCGCAGGUACAAAGACAACAGUCAGUUUGGUGAAGGCGAGGAGGCGAAGGUUUGCCUGGACAUCAUGCAGAAAACAGGAGCCCACAUUGAGCUUUCGCUAGCCAAGGAUCAGGGCCUCUCCAUCAUGGUGACCGGCAAACUCGACUCUGUCAUGAAAGCAAGGAAGGAAAUCGUGGCUCGGCUUCAGACCCAGGCUUCAGCUACUGUCAUCAUACCAAAAGAACACCAUCGGUUUGUCAUCGGCAAGAACGGCGAAAAGCUGCAGGAACUAGAACUGAAGACGGCGACCAAAAUCAACAUUCCUCGGCCAGACGACCCCAGCAACCAAAUCAAGAUCACGGGGACAAAGGAGGGCAUUGAGAAGUCUCGGCACGAGAUUCUGCUUAUCUCUGCAGAGCAGGACAAGCGGGCCGUGGAGAGAAUAAACCUAGAGAAAGUCUUCCAUCCCUUCAUUGCUGGGGCUUACAACAAGUUAGUCCAGGAGAUCAUGCAGGAGACUGGUGCUCGCAUUAACAUCCCCCCACCCAGCAUCAACAAGGACGAGAUCUUCAUCACCGGUGAGAAAGAGCCUGUGGCCCAAGCGGGGAUCCGCAUCAGGAAGAUCUACGAGGAGAAGAAACGUAAGACCACAACGAUAUCAGUCGAGGUGAAGAAAUCUCAGCAUAAGUACAUCAUAGGUCCAAAAGGUAACACCCUGCAGGAAAUACUGGACAUGACUGGAGUGUCUGUGGAAAUGCCUUCACUGGAGAGCAGCUCAGAGACGAUCAUUCUCCGAGGUGAACCUGACAAACUUGGCCCAGCUCUGACUCAGGUCUAUGCUAAGGCAAAGAGUGUGAUGGUGGCUGAAGUAACCGCACCGGCCUGGCUUCAUCGCUUCAUCAUUGGCAAGAAAGGACAAAACAUUGGGCGGAUUACCCAGCAGCUGCCCAAGGUUCACAUCGAGUUCACUGACGGGGAUGAGAAAAUCACACUGGAGGGUCCAACAGAGGAGGUGGAGAUUGCUCAAAACCAGAUCCAAGAAAUCAUCGAUGAUCUGCUGAGUCGCAUGGACUACACAGAAAUCACAGUCGACCAGAAGUUCCACCGUCACCUAAUUGGAAAGAACGGAACAAACAUAAACCGUAUCAAGGAGCAGUACAAAGUGUCUGUGCGCAUCCCACCAGAUAAUGAGAAGAGCCAUCUGGUUCGGAUUGAAGGAGAGCCUCAGGGCGUCCAGCUGGCCAAGAAGGAACUGCUUGAGAUGGUGGUCAGGAUGGAAAACGAGCGGACCAAGGACCUGAUCAUUGAGCAACGCUUGCAUCGAUCCAUCAUUGGCCAGAAGGGGGAGAAGAUCAAAGAGGUCCGUGACAAGUUUCCUGAGGUGAUUAUCAACUUCCCGGACCCAGCACAGAAGAGUGACAUCGUUCAGCUGCGUGGUCCAAAGAACGAAGUGGAGAAAUGUGGCAAGUUCCUUCAGAAAGUCAUAGCAGAUUUGAUCGAGAACAGCUACUCUGUCUCCAUCCCGAUCUUCAAGCAGUUCCACAAGAACAUCAUCGGUAAAGGAGGGGCCAACAUCAAAAAGAUUCGUGAAGAAACAAACACAAAGAUCGACCUCCCUACAGAGAACAGUAACUCGGAAGUGAUCCUGAUCACGGGGAAGAAAGCGAACUGUGAGGCUGCCCGAGACCGCAUCUUAUCCAUUCAGCGAGAACUGGCGAACAUCAAGGAAGUGGAUGUUUUGAUCCCGGCCAAAUUGCACAACUCCCUGAUUGGAGCCAAGGGGCGUUUGGUGCGGUCGCUGAUGGAGGAGUGCGGAGGGGUGCACAUCCACUUUCCCUCCGAGGGGUCAGGCAGCGACAAAGUCACCAUCAGAGGUCCCGUGGAGGAAGUGGAGAAGGCGAAGAAACAGUUGCUUCAGUUGGCUGAGGAAAAGCAAAUCAACAACUGUACUGUGGAGCUGCACGCCAAACCGGAGUACCACAAGUUUCUCAUCGGACGUGGCGGCGGGAACAUCCGCAAGGUGCGUGACCGUACCGGAGCCCGGAUCAUCUUCCCGGCAGCGGAUGACCGGGACCAAGAGCUGAUCACCAUCGUCGGCAAAGAGGAGGCCAUUAAGCAGGCACAUAAAGAACUGGAGAUUCUCAUCAAAAACCUGGACAACGUCAUCGAAGACCUGAUGAUCGUGGAGCCCAAGUAUCACCGGCACUUUGUGGCGCGCCGGGGGCAGGUGCUGCGCGAGAUCGCUGAGGAGUACGGAGGCGUGACCGUCAGCUUUCCCCGGACUGGGGUGCAGAGCGACAGGGUGAUGCUGAAAGGGGCAAAGGAUUGUGUGGAGGCGGCCAAACGCCGGAUCCAGGAAAUCAUUGGGGACCUGGAGGCCCAGGUGACCCUGGAGUGCGUGAUCCCACAGCGGUUCCAUCGGGCAGUCAUGGGUCUGAAGGGCUCCAAGGUGCAACAGAUCACCAGGGACUACGACGUACAGAUCAAAUUCCCUGAACGAGAUGACAACCAAGGCCUGGACCCGCACCCUCAGGAGAACGGUGACCUGAACUCUGACCUUCGGGAGAUGGAGCACGCUCCCAGGAAGUGUGACGUCAUCACGAUCUCGGGCCGGAAGGAGAAGUGCGAGGCGGCUCGCGAGGCAUUGCUGGCCCUGGUUCCAGUCACUGUGGAUCUGGAAGUUCCGUUUGACCUGCAUCGAUACAUCAUUGGGCAAAAGGGCAGUGGCAUUCGCAAAAUGAUGGAAGAGUAUGAGGUGAACAUCGCGGUACCCCCACCAGACCAGCAGUCCGACGUCAUCAAGAUCACCGGGGUAACGGCCAACCUGGAGCGAGCGCGGGCCGGGGUCCUGGAGCGGGUCAGAGAGCUGCAGGCGGAGCAAGAGGACCGGGCUUUACGGGGCUUCAAGUUGACCAUCUCAGUCGAUCCCAAGUACCACCCAAAGAUCAUUGGAAGGAAAGGAGCUGUCAUUUCGCAGAUUCGGAAAGACCAUGAUGUUAACAUUCAGUUCCCUGACAAAGGCGAUGAAAAUCAGGAGUUGAUCACCAUCACGGGCUAUGAGAGGAACACCGAGUCUGCCAGGGACGCCAUCAUGAAGAUCGUUGCCGACCUGGAGGAGAUGGUCAGCGAGGACAUCAACCUCGACCACCGGGUGCACGCCCGCAUCAUCGGGGGCAGGGGCAAGGCCAUCCGUAAGAUCAUGGAGGAGUUCAAGGUCGACAUCCGGUUCCCACCGCCGGGAUCCGAUGACCCAAACCGUGUCACGGUAACCGGGCUGCCCGACAACGUUGACAACGCCAUCGACCACCUCCUCAACCUGGAGGAAGAAUACAUGAUGGCGAUCGUGGAGUCGGAGACCAUGGCUGCCUACAUGAAGCCACCCUCGCGGGUGGAGGAGGAACCCCGUGGCUCGGCCAAAGGAUUUGUCGUCCGGGACGCCCCCUGGAACGCCCCCUGUAACAAGGCACCGGAUGUGAGCAGCGCUGAAGAAUUCCCGAUGUUCGGAACAGUCGUGGCUCCUCGACAGGCAUCAGCCUGGGGUCCCAAGAAAGUCUAGGUCCCUGCUGGUGACUUUAGAAGAUUGCUUCCUGUCCAGUUUGGAGAAUUUUUUUUUGUGAAUCUCAGUGUUUUCUUCCCCCCCCCCCCCCCCGAAACUUUGACAUGACAGUUUUCUAUAAAAAUUGAAAUGUCCAGAGGUAUUAGCUGCAGAACCACUGUCCUGUGUACAGUCUGUUGAGAGAAGGGAAGGGGGUCUCAGAGGUUUGUUCCACUGCUUUCCCCGUGGGUGUGUGAACGUUCAUCCCUCCCCCCACCCUCCCCAAGGGUCAGGAGGAGAAGCCCCUCCCAGCCCACCGACACUUUCUGCUUCUUGCCUCCGGUUUGGUUUGGGGUGGUGUGUGGGUCAGGAAGAUGGAGGGGGGAGUCCCCGUGUACCCCUGCUCCACUGCCUGGGGGAGAAGCCCCCUCCUAGAAUCCCGCUGACAGUGGGCCACCGGAGCCUCGCUUCCCCCCCCCCCUACGGAAAGAGGCUGGAUGACAAGGGAGGGGGUCCCGAGCAUCAGCAGGCAAAGCUGCUUCCCCUCACCCCCCACUUGCUGAGAAGGGAGGGGGGGGGGUCGUGCAUGGUACGGGGAAGGAGUGCCAGGCACCAGAGGUUUGGGGACUGAGGAACGGGAGGGAGCUGCAGGGGGACAGAGGCUGUGGGGAGAGCA